GCGGCGCCGGGGCCCUUGGAGGGGAGCGGGCCGGGCCGCAGCCCAGACCCUGGAGGGCCACGGCCACCGGAAGAGUCGCCGUCGCUAGCCGAUCUAGCAGAGUGGGGAGCGGAAGCGGCGGCCUCGGCGGCGGUAGGCGGCGCUGGGACCCGGGAGCGGCCGAAGAACAAGGGAGCUGGCGCCGUGGCUGGCCGCGGAGCUGGGCUGAACCACUGGGCCGCGCCGAGCGCCGCCGUCGCCGGAGAGGCCCGGCCCGGCCGCGGGGCCCGAGGCCGGAGCCAUGGGCGAGACUAAGAUCAUCUACCACCUGGAUGGGCAGGAGACACCGUACCUGGUGAAGCUGCCCCUGCCCGCCGAGCGCGUCACCUUGGCGGACUUUAAGGGCGUUCUACAGCGACCCAGCUAUAAGUUCUUCUUCAAGUCUAUGGACGACGAUUUCGGAGUGGUGAAGGAGGAGAUCUCGGAUGACAAUGCCAAGCUGCCCUGCUUCAAUGGCCGGGUGGUGUCCUGGCUGGUGUCAGCUGAGGGCUCACACCCAGAGCCAGCACCCUUCUGUGCUGAUAACCCAUCCGAGCUGCCGCCGCCCAUGGAGCGUACAGGAGGCAUUGGGGACUCCAGGCCCCCCUCCUUCCACCCUCAUGCUGGAGGGGGCAGCCAGGAGAAUCUGGACAACGACACAGAGACGGACUCCUUGGUAUCUGCCCAGCGGGAACGGCCACGCCGGAGGGACGGCCCAGAGCACACAGCCCGGCUAAAUGGAACUGCAAAGGGGGAGAGGCGGCGAGAGCCAGGGGGUUAUGACAGCUCGUCCACCCUCAUGAGCAGUGAGUUGGAGACCACCAGCUUCUUUGAUUCGGAGGAGGACGACUCCACCAGCAGGUUCAGCAGCUCCACAGAGCAGAGCAGUGCCUCACGCCUGAUGAGAAGACAUAAGCGGCGACGGCGGAAGCAGAAGGUUUCCCGGAUUGAGCGGUCCUCAUCCUUCAGCAGCAUCACGGACUCCACCAUGUCACUCAACAUCAUCACUGUGACUCUCAACAUGGAAAAGUAUAACUUCUUGGGCAUCUCCAUCGUGGGCCAAAGCAAUGAGCGCGGUGACGGAGGGAUCUACAUUGGCUCUAUCAUGAAGGGCGGGGCUGUGGCUGCUGAUGGACGCAUCGAGCCAGGAGAUAUGCUGUUACAGGUAAACGAGAUCAACUUUGAGAACAUGAGUAAUGAUGAUGCGGUUCGGGUCCUGCGGGAGAUUGUGCACAAACCAGGGCCUAUCACCCUGACUGUAGCCAAGUGCUGGGACCCAAGUCCACGUGGUUGCUUCACACUGCCCAGGAGCGAGCCCAUCCGGCCCAUCGACCCUGCAGCCUGGGUCUCCCACACUGCGGCCAUGACUGGCACCUUCCCUGCCUAUGGCAUGAGCCCCUCCCUGAGCACCAUCACCUCCACCAGCUCCUCCAUCACCAGCUCCAUCCCUGACACAGAGCGCCUAGAUGACUUCCACCUGUCCAUCCACAGUGACAUGGCCGCCAUCGUGAAAGCCAUGGCCUCCCCUGAAUCAGGCCUGGAGGUCCGAGACCGCAUGUGGCUCAAGAUCACUAUCCCCAAUGCGUUCAUCGGCUCAGAUGUGGUAGACUGGCUGUACCACAACGUGGAAGGCUUCACCGACCGGCGAGAGGCCCGCAAGUAUGCCAGCAACCUGCUGAAAGCUGGCUUCAUCCGCCACACCGUCAACAAGAUCACCUUCUCUGAGCAGUGCUACUACAUCUUCGGCGACCUCUGUGGCAACAUGGCCAACCUGUCCCUCCACGAUCACGAUGGCUCCAGCGGAGCCUCUGACCAGGACACACUGGCUCCUUUGCCGCACCCGGGGGCCGCCCCUUGGCCCAUGGCUUUCCCUUACCAGUACCCGCCACCCCCGCACCCCUACAACCCGCACCCAGGCUUCCCGGAGCUGGGCUACAGCUACGGCGGGGGCAGCGCCAGCAGUCAGCACAGUGAAGGCAGCCGGAGCAGUGGCUCCAACCGUAGCGGUAGCGACCGGAGGAAGGAGAAGGACCCGAAGGCCACCGGGGACUCGAAGUCAGGCGGCAGCGGCAGCGAGUCAGACCACACCACCCGGAGCAGCCUGCGGGGGCCACGCGAGCGGGCACCCAGCGAGCGCUCGGGGCCCGCUGCCAGCGAGCACAGUCACCGCAGCCACCACUCACUGGCCAGCAGCCUGCGCAGCCAUCACACGCACCCGAGCUAUGGCCCCCCUGGCGUGCCCCCUCUCUACGGCCCCCCCAUGUUGAUGAUGCCCCCACCGCCCGCGGCCAUGGGACCCCCGGGAGCCCCUCCAGGCCGUGAUCUGGCCUCGGUGCCCCCCGAACUGACCGCCAGCAGACAGUCCUUCCGCAUGGCCAUGGGAAACCCCAGUGAGUUCUUUGUGGAUGUGAUGUGAGCAGGGCCCCUUCCCCACUUCCUCCCACCCGUAACCUGGCUGGCUGCGUCCCUCUCUACAGACGUCCAGUCUUUUUUACUUUGUCUGGUACCUGAAAGGGAAAUAAACGGAACUAAAUCUAGGUGCGCUAACUGCUUGCUGGGCUCAGCGAUGGCGGGGUGCCCAUCGCUGCUGCAGCCCCUAACCUGCCACCAGCCCCAGCUUGUCCCUCCGCGCACUAACCGCUGCACAGGACUUCCCAGGAUCCUUUGUGUCCCUGGGACAGGACUUGCUGGUGCUGCUUUGUAUUCCAUUCACCUGUGCAUAUGCUUAAGGAACUGACCCCGGGCGUGCCCUUGAGGACAUGCCCAGCCACUUAUCCCCACCUUUUUCCCCACCUCAGUUUCCUUUCACCAUUCAUUGGGGUACACCAUCCCACUGUUAACCUGAUCUCCUCAAGCAUGUGUGCCAAUCUCUUGACUUUCACCCACAAUACUAACGCACACCCACACACACAAAAUUGCUUCAUCUGCCCCUCCCAAUUGUCCUUUUGCCUGCUGCUUGCACCCUACAGCUGUGGUCACCUUUAUUGACUAUCCAUGCUCUCCCUGUGCUGAGCCCUUACCAGAAGCGCAGUGGGAGCCUUAGCUGCCCGAUCUGCUAGUGGCUUCCAGGAAGCAUCUCUGCUCUACCCCCAACCUACCUCCUAUGCCCCCACCACCACCACCACUACCACCCAUUGCCUGAAGUUGUAUGCUGGUUCCUUCAGACCCCUAACCCUACUAACCAGCAGGCUCAUCUCACCUCUGGGCCUGAAACGUUUCUUUUCUUUCUUUUUUCCCUCCCCCAAUUUUCCUUGGGCCUGGAGCAGCCAAGAAUUUCGGGCUGUUUGACUUUCUGUGAACCCCAAACCAGGGGAGGCCCAGCCACCGAAGAGACCAGAAACCCUGCUUCAGCAGCCCCUCAGGGCUUCCCAAGGAUAUUUAGCCCCCACACUCACACUUCAGCAUGUUGAGUCACUAGGCUUCUGGGGAGAGUCUCAGCCUCUUGCCCAUAUAUGAGAGAGACUGCUCACCUUUCCAGAGUGUGUUCGGGCUCUCUUUCACACACACACACACACACACACACACACACACACACACACACACACGCAUGCAUGCACACACACACAAAGGUGCCUAUGCAAACCCACUUAAGCCUCAGGGCUGGUCCCUGCCCAGAGGGCUGGCCCCUCUCCCAAUCUCCCAGGCUGUGGGGCUGGUCCCCUGAUUUACCUCUGUCCUUUCACCCCUUCCUCAUAGCUCUCAGGCCUCCUCAACAUGUCCCCAUCAUCUUCCUCCUUGGAUAGGGCCCAUAACCUGGGCUCAGCAGAAGACUCCCUGGACAACUGACAGGCUGUUCUCACCUGCCCCCUGCCACACACACACUUUCCUGCUUUCACAGUUACCAUGGUGCCCAGAGCAUGGCUGGGCAGGGGGACUUCUGGGACUUCAGAUAGAGUACCAGGCUUUUCUUAUUCAACCUUAUUUUCUAGUUCAAACAAAUCAUGACAUUCUCUUUAAGCCUCUUCUAUAAAUUCUCUGGCUCACUGAGGCUUCCAUGUUUUCAGAACUGGGCUGUCAAGAGUGAGAUGUGCUAAGUUCCAGGCUUUGGGCAAACCAAUGUGGGGGCAUUUUGGCAUUCGUUCAUGUAACAAAUACUUUCUGGGGGUUUUGUUAAGUGAUGGCUGUGUUGGAAUUUUGACUCAGUCUUGUCUGCCUUCUGGCAGAUCUGGUUUGCUCCCAAUCCCCAUCAUGGCUUCCUCUAGCCACCGCUGCAGGGCUGCCUCCUAUAUUUCUCUUUCUUCUCAGAUUCUGCCAUGUCUGACUUUCCUGAGAAUUCUUCCACUGUUGCUCAUGCCUUCAGUGUUGGUGCUCCUAGUGUUCUAUCUUCUGUCCAUUUCUCUUCCCUAUUUACUCCCCAAGUGGUGUGUCAUCCAGCUGGAUGUCCUUAACUGACUACGAUAUGCUGGUGAUUCUCAAAUAUGUAUCUCCAUCCCCAAUAGCCCUCCAAUCCUUAGAUCUGCAUUUUUAUUACCCACUGGACAUGUCCGUGGACAUGUCUAUAUGGACUCCAUUCAUUCCCCCACCUCUUGAGGUCCACUCCACCUUCACAAUCUACAUAGGCUCACCAGCUAGAAACAUUUAUGGGCUUAAAUCCCUUCCCAUAUCUUACCAUUCAGAAGUUCAUAUCCAUUCCACUUCCAUAUCCAUUCCAACAAUCUUUCUUGAAUUUGGCCCUUCUCCCUCUCUCUGCCUCUACUCUAGCUCACAGGAGCAUGGGAUUUGGAAUCAGGUUGUUCUGGGUUUGCAUCCCAGCUCUACUACUUUUUGGUUGUGUGAUAGGAGAGUUAUUUAAUCUCUCUGAGCCUUGGUUCCCUCAUACGUAAAAUUAUGAUAAUAAUACCUACCUCACAGGGUUGUUGUGAGGAUUUAAUUUAGAUAUUGUACGAAAAGUGCCUAGCACAGUGCCUGGCACAUGGUAGAAUAGGUGCUCAAUAAAUGGUAGCUAUUA